AUGCCUCCUUUGGAGUGCAGGAGUGAGGGGGACAUAAAUGAAGUGGACAUAAUCAUGAGAGGCGGGCUGUUCAAGAAGGUUGUCCCAGAUGACUGCCUGGGCGGCGUCUGGUCGAAACGGGACAAGAAGGGGAAUGAGCACCUCGCAUCCACCGUCCGGGCCACCAUCACUCAGUUCAACACCGUCACCAAUUGCGUCGUCAGCACCAUACUGAGGGACCUGCAGCUGAAGCCCCAGCAACGAGGCAAAAUCAUGGAGAAGUGGAUCGACGUUGCCGAGGAAUGCAGGAUGAUGAGGAAAUUCUCCUCGCUCCAGGCUAUUGUAUCAGCCUUGCAGUCAAUCUCCAUCUACAGGCUGAAGAGGACCUGGGACACUGUUUCAAAUCCAGGCCUGGCCAAGUAUAGCCGCUGUGUCCUCCGCUGCAGCUCCACCACUGCAGGCCGCAAGCGGUCCACGUGCUCGGCCUCUUGA